AUGACUGCUAUUAAUGUUAGAAAGCUUACUGUAAAGUUCAACAGCACUACAACCGUAUGCCAGUUUCCUACGCCAAAAGAUGAAAACAACUUGGUCUACUGCAACUACGACUCAGCAUACCUAAACGACAAGCAAAGCAUAAUCAAUACCUUAAUUGAUGACAAUUGCAUUAUCCAUAGCUUCCCGCAUGCCUUCAUAAACAAUGUUCUCACAGCUCCCGCCUACACCAUUUCAAUUAGCUACGUGAUCAACUGUAUUGAUGACUUGCAUACAUUGAUCAAGAUCCUAGCAUCAAUAGAGGGUGAUCUCCUUGAUACCAAUUUUUCUCUCGAAAUAUUCUCUUAUUCCUCUAUCUUCAAGCAGUACAUUAUUGCGUAUGCCGCAAAAUGCUUGCAAAAUUGUAAAAUCUAUAUACACUAG